AUGGACGCCACCACCAGUCAGGACCCGCAAUCCCGAAAGGAAAAUGCACCCGUCUGCAAGCAAAUCGGCAGUGGAGCAUAUGGAGCCGUUUGGUCCGUCAUCGACCCGCGCACAAACCGAAAAAUGGCGCUGAAAACGAUGCCGCAUGUCUUCCUGAAUUUGCUGACGUGUAAAAGAGCGUACCGUGAAGUUCGAAUGCUGGCCAGUUUCUGUAAUGAUAAUAUCCUCGCCCUCAGCGACAUUCUUCACCCGAGGAAUCCGCAAAUGUUUCAGGACAUUUGGGUGCUGACCGAAAUGAUGGAAACGGAUUUGCACAAGAUAAUCAGCUCGAGGCAGGCUCUAUCCCUGGAACACACGAAGCUUUUUCUCUAUCAAACUUUGAGGGGUCUAAAAUACCUGCACUCGGCCAACAUCCUUCACCGCGACAUCAAACCUAGCAAUCUGCUCGUCAAUGGCAAUUGCCUGCUGAAAAUUUGCGAUUUUGGGCUGGCUCGAGUGUGGAAUUCGGCGACACAUCAGAACAUGAGCCAUGAGGUCGUCACGAUGUACUACCGAGCCCCGGAGCUUUUGAUGGGCGCCAGAAGUUACACGGGCGCCGUGGAUAUUUGGUCUGUCGGCUGUAUCUUCGGGGAAUUAGCUUUUCGCAAGAUUUUCUUCCAAGCGGACACGCCGUAUCAGCAGCUUCACAAAAUCAUCGAAUUCCUCGGAAGCCCCGGCGCCGAUGCUCUAAAAUACGCGAACGAGGCUACAAGAAACUAUUUGACGCGCCAGGCACCAAAGCCCUCCCAAAUCGAAGGAUUUCGAGUGCACGCCGAGCCGAUUAUCACCGACGUCGGGCUUGAUUUGUUGCUGCGGUUAUUGAUGUUUAACCCGGACCAUCGGCUGUCCGUCGAACAGGCCCUCCAUCACCCGUUUCUCAUCGACGGCCGAACGAAUUUUCACACGAACCUCUGCAGCUGCUGCACGACGGCCGACGGAGUUCGAUAUUUCACGGCACCCAACAACCUCGACCCGGUGCACAAGGAACCGUUUGACCCGAGUUGGGAAACGGAAAUGGACCGCUACUCGAUGUUCGACUUUAGGAAUCAGCUUUAUCAGUUCAUCAUCACGCGACCCCACAUCGGCUCCGCGGCUUUGCCCGACGAUUUCCAGUGGCAAAACAUGGCCGUCCAUCAACCAAGCCAGAUGCACAUCCAA